UUACAUUGUAGCUUUAGCGACCGUCUCGACAACACAACGUGCAAGGGCAACAUUCCUGUCGUCGUCCUUUCCAUCUAACCGACGCAUCCGUGAAAAACUCGUGAACAUAUUGUGAUUUAAAUAUUACAUGUGUGAAAGGAGUUCCAAUAUAUUGUUAUGAGCGUGUCAUAGGAAAGGGACACACUGACACAGACGUGAUUAAGCUCAGCCAAAAGAACAGAAAUGUCGUUGGCUGCGGACUUAGAGAUCGGCGAUAGCCGAGUGGAAUUUAUCGCAGACUAUGUGAUAAAGACCACAAAAUGUAAACCAGAUAAAUUCAUGAAGAUGUACAAUGUGGACGAGACCAAGCAGAUGAUCUUAGAAUGGUUUGAUAAAGCUGACAAUCCAUCGUUGAUUAUUGUUAGCAAUCCAGGCGGUUCAUUGACUGCCCAAUAUGAAUGGCCGUCUAAUCCAAAGCAAAAAGCUUGUUACUUCGUUAAGAAGGGUAAAGAAGCGAUUCCAAAGGACAUUCCCUUCCGGCAAGCAGUUUUGUAUGGUGAUCUUUCGUACUCUCCACUCGAUCAGCUGUCAUCAUUUGUCGAUGAGGUUUUAGUGCCACUGUUGUCAAAUGAGAAGAACCACGAUCACUGGCCAAAUGUAGUGUCCAAGGAUGUCACAAAACAUGUACACAACUUGAAAGGAAAUGUGUUUGUUGUGUCAGGUCAAGCUAAAGGAAAAACCUUAUUGCCAUUACCAGUUGGAGCUGAGCGAGUUCAUGAGAUUGAACUUGAUGGAACUGAUGAUUUUGACCGUGCUUUGAUUCACACCAUUGAGUCCAUGGUAAUAGAAUGGACUCAUCAGAUACAGGAUGUGUUGAAAAAAGACUCUGCUCAGCCUCUUCUCGAAGGAUUGAACCCAACGCCCUUUGUUGAGCUUGAGUUUUGGAAGAACAAGGCUUCCAAUCUUGAAUGUAUCUAUGAGCAGCUGAGAGAUCCAAAAGUUCGUAAAAUGGCUGAGUUGCUAGAGAAGACUGGUAGUAGCUAUUUCAUUUCCUUCAAAGAAAUCUUCAGGGACUGUGUAGCAGCAUUGACUGAAGCUCAGGACAUUAACAUGUACCUGAAACCAAUGAGACAUCACUUUGAAGAUUAUGAACAGGCAGAGUUUGAUGAAAGCAAGAAACUGUUUGGACCAAUGAUGAAUGCCCUCUGUCUAGUGUGGUCCCACUCGGAGUACUACAACACCCCUGCUAGAAUCAUUGUACUUCUACAGGAAAUGUGUAACAUGAUCAUGCAAACGGCCAGUACAUUCUUGGAGCCACAUGAGUUGUUCAAGGGUGAGGCUGAAGAGACCAUUGACAAAGUCCGCAAGGCCAGUGACGUCCUCAAGGGGUUCAGGGAAGAGUACGAGAUUCAUCGUCAGAAACUAUCCACCUACUUCAAGGAUGGUAAAGAACCAAGAGAAUGGGAAUUUGCUCCAAAACUUGUGUUUGCUCGCUACGACAAGUUUGUUGAACGUGUAGAGACUGUUAAGAUUUUGAUGGAGACAGCCCUUGAGUUUAUGAAACUUGAGAAGAUCGAGAUUGGAGGUAUCAAGGGUAAAGUUCUCAGUCAACAAGUGAUCAACAUCUUUGAGGAGUUCCAGGUUCAAUACAAGGUCUUCACUGAUGCCACCUACAACUGCCUGGAUCCAAAUGAUCCCAGUUUCAUCAACGAGUACCAUCACUUCGAGGAGAUUGUGGAGGAUUAUGACCGAAGACUGGCUACCAUCAUAUGCCAGGCAUUUGAUGAUGCAUGUGGCCUUGAGAAUGCUUACAAGCUUUUGGAUAUCAUGGGAUCUCUGUUGGACCGCCCAUUGAUCAAGAAGGACUUUGAGGAGAAGUAUCCAAUACUUGUGGAGAUGAUGAACAGAGAGAUGGACGUUGCCAAGGAGAUCUAUGACAACCAAAUGAGUGUCAAACAAACCCAUGGCAAGAUCCCGAUCCACAAGAACAUGCCGACUGUCACUGGGGGGCUCAAGUGGGCUCAGGAACUAAGGGAGAGAAUCAGCAUCCCGAUGGCCAACUUCAAGCAUCUUGAACACCCGAAGGACAUUAAGGACAUUAUUGAGCGAAUGCCGCAGGCUGAAAAGGCCAAGACUUGCACAGCAGCUGCUGCAAGAGGCUUCUACGUUGCCACUCCACCAGAGUUUAAACAUCUCUGGAGGGGAAGAGUGAUGGAGAGUGAAGAAGCAAAACUGGUGUUCACCAAGUAUGAGGAGAUGUUACAACUUCUCAGCAAAUGGGACCAGGAGAUCUACAAGGAAUGGAUCGCCGGUGUUGAUGAGGCUUGCUCGUUCAACCUGAACCAACCUUUGAUCACCCGCAAUGAGGAGACCAAGUUGAUCACUGUCAACUUUGACCCACAACUUGUGGCUGUACUGCGUGAAGUGAAGUACCUAGAGGUUCGUGCCGAGGAACAGGUUCCAGAGAGUGCGUCUGCCAUCUACACUCGUUAUGACACCCUCUGGAAGUAUGUGACCAACCUUGACCUCACUGUGAGCCUGUACAACAAGGUUCGAACCACAGUUCUGGAGGUUGAGUUCCCGCUCAUAGAGGGCCAGGUUGCCGAGAUCGACCAGAAACUCCAGCAAGCUGAGACUUCCCUGAACUGGAACACUGACGGAAUAUGGGAGUACAUUCAGAGUACUCGGGACCAAGUCGUUGAUCUGGAGUCACGUGUGCAGCACACGAAGAGCAACGUUGAGGAGGUACAGAAACUGAUGAGCACAUGGAGCAAGAACCCACUCUUCACCAGGAAGGAGGAGAAGAACGACACGCUGCUCAACUUGACCGAUCGUGAGGACCGUCUCAGAAAACGGUAUGAAGAGAUCAGGAACAUUGGUGAACAAAUUCAUGGUCUUGUCCAGAAAAAUCUGGAGUUGUUCAAGGCAGACAAGACAUCUGACAUCUGGAAGGCAUACGUUGACUAUGUUGACGAGAUGGUUGUUGAUGGUUUCUUCAACACAAUUCACUGCAGCUUGAAGUUCCUCCUGGACAACACUGAUGCCAAGAACCAUCCCGAUGACUUGUUCAAGGCAAUUCUUGAGCUUCAGGCCCAAGAGAUGGUGUUUGUACCAUCCCUUGAGUUUGGUGUACCAGAUGGAUUCUACGAUCUGGUUGAUGGACUGGUAGGAGACAUCUACAAACAGGCGUCCCUUAUCAAGCGUCUUGCUGAUCACAGUGGCCAGGAGCACUACCAGCCUGAUCUUGAAGACAUGGAAGAGUUAUCUGACAUGAGACAAGAACUGAUGGAUCGUAUACAGAACAUCAUGAACAAGAGCAUGGAGUACCGUAACUCCUUCGACAACUACGCCUACCUCUGGGUUGAUGACAGGAAUGAGUUUAUGCGUCAGUUCUUACUGUACGGUCAUGUACUCACCACUGAAGAGAUUGAAGCUCACGCUGAAGAUGGUGUGCCAGAGAAUCCUCCAACCCUGAAACAGUUCAAGGAACAGAUUGACACAUAUGAGAAGAUCUAUGAGGAAUGUGAGCAGAUCAACCCAUUGAAAGUGUUUGACAGUUGGUUCAGGAUUGACGGGAAACCUUUCAAACAGGCUCUCCUGAACAUCAUCAAGAGAUGGAGCUUCAUGUUCAAACAACAUCUCAUUGAUCAUGUGACCAACAGCUUGAAGGAGCUUGGUGAAUUCAUCAAGGUGACAGAUAAGGGUUUGACAAAGCCAGUGGAGGAAGGACAGUUCGAGGAACUAGUUGAGUGCAUGGGUCACUUGAUUGCAGUGAAGGACCGACAGGCAAACACUGAUGACAUGUUUGAUCCUCUGAAACAGACAAUAGAGUUACUGAAAACCUAUGACCAGGAGAUGCCAGAGGAGGUUCAUCUGCAGCUACAGGAAUUGCCCGAACAAUGGAACAACACCAAGAAGAUUGCGAUUACCAGUAAACAACAGGUGGCACCACUACAGGCAACAGAGGUGGCCAAUAUCAGAAGGAAGAGUGCAACAUUUGACGUGAACCAGCACAAAUUCAGAGAAAAGUUCCGACAGAUUUCGGCAUUCAAAUAUGACUGUGAAAGACCAUAUGAGUCCCUUGACAAGUACCAUGAAGAAAUUGCUGGUAUGGAGAAGGAGAUGAGAGUUCUUCUAGACUCUGCUGCACUCUUUGAAGUGAAUGUGCCAGACUUCAAGCAGCUGAAGCAAUGUCGCAAGGAGAUCAAGAUGUUGAAGACACUCUGGGAUUAUGUGAUAAUGGUGAGGAGCAGUAUUGAUGACUGGAAGACAACACCAUGGAAGGAAAUCAAUGUGGAACAGAUGGACAUGGAUUGUAAGAAAUUUGCCAAAGACAUCCGUGCACUGGACAAGGAAAUGAGGGCAUGGGACACUUACAGUGGUGUAGAGAAUGUAGUGAAGAACAUGCUGACAUCACUCCGUGCCGUAAGUGAGCUGCAGAAUCCAGCUAUCAGAGAGAGACAUUGGCAGCAACUUAUGGCUGCUACCAAGGUACGCUUUGUCAUGGACGAGAGCACAACAUUGGCAGAUUUGUUGUCCCUCAACCUUCAUAACUUUGAGGAUGAUGUGAGAAACAUUGUAGACAAGGCCGUGAAAGAAAUGAGCAUGGAAAAGGUAUUGAAGGAACUUGAUGUCACAUGGGCUCAGAUGGAGUUUGAGCAUGAUCCUCAUCCACGUACAAAGAUCACAAUGUUGAAGACAAGUGAAGAGCUUAUUGAAACUCUUGAAGACAACCAGGUACAACUUCAAAACAUGCUUACCUCCAAGUACAUUGCCCACUUCCUGCAAGAAGUGUCCACAUGGCAGAAGAAGUUGUCUACGGCUGACCAGGUUAUUGGAAUCUGGAUGGAAGUACAGAGAACAUGGUCCCAUCUUGAGAGUAUCUUUAUUGGCUCUGAGGAUAUCAGAAACCAACUGCCAGAAGAUUCUAAACGAUUUGAUGGCAUUGACACAGACUUCAAAGAACUUGUGAAAGAAGUUGAAAAAACCAAGAACGUGGUUGAAGCCACAAAUAUUCCAAACCUCUUUGAAAGACUAGAAACCCUUCAAGGUCAGCUGACCCUUUGCGAGAAGGCUUUGGCAGAAUACCUCGAGACCAAGAGAUUGGCGUUUCCACGUUUCUACUUUGUCUCUUCUGCUGAUUUGCUGGACAUUCUGUCCAACGGCAACAACCCAAGUGUGGUUGCUCGUCACUUGACCAAGUUAUUUGACAGUAUGGCUAAACUGAAGUUUAAGCAAGAUGACAAGGGUAAUGAUACCAAGGUGGCACUUGGAAUGUUCAGUAAGGACGGGGAAUAUGUUGAUCUUGACGCCGAGUGUGAUCUUGGUGGGCAGGUUGAAGUAUGGUUGAUGAGAUUAUUGGAACGCCAUUGUGCAACGGUCCGAUACCAGAUGACAGAAGCUGUACAGUCAUAUGAUGAGAAACCACGUGACCAGUGGCUUUUUGAUUUCCCUGCUCAGGUUGCAUUGUGUGGUACACAGAUUUGGUGGACCACAGAAGUCAACAUUGCCUUCAGCCGUCUUGAGGAAGGUUACGAAAAUGCUCUCAAAGAUUACAACAAGAAACAGAUCACUCAAUUGAACUCUUUGAUUACCAUGUUGAUCGGCAAGUUGUCCUCUGGAGAUCGUCAAAAGAUCAUGACAGUGUGUACUAUUGAUGUACACGCUCGAGACGUCAUUGGAAAACUGAUCGCCACAAAGGUUGACAGUUCCCAGGCUUUCGCUUGGUUGUCACAGCUGCGACACAGAUGGGACGACAAUGAACGUGAUUGUUUCGCUAACAUUUGUGAUGCUCAGUUCAGAUAUUCCCAUGAGUACCUAGGAAAUACGCCACGUCUUGUCAUCACCCCAUUGACUGACAGAUGCUACAUCACUUUGACACAGUCCCUCCAUUUGAUUAUGAGUGGAGCCCCAGCGGGGCCUGCCGGUACAGGAAAGACAGAGACCACCAAGGAUCUGGGUCGUGCCCUUGGUAUCAUGGUAUACGUGUUCAACUGUUCUGAACAGAUGGACUACAAGUCCAUUGGUAACAUCUACAAAGGUUUAGCCCAGUCAGGAGCCUGGGGAUGUUUUGACGAGUUCAACCGUAUUGCUGUUGAAGUGUUGUCUGUGGUAGCCGUACAGGUGAAAUGUAUCCAAGACGCCAUCAAAUACAAGAAACAACGAUUUGACUUCCUUGGAGAAAAUAUUGUGUUGAAAGCAACUGUAGGUCUUUUCAUUACCAUGAAUCCAGGAUAUGCUGGACGUACAGAACUGCCAGAAAAUCUGAAAGCCCUCUUCAGACCUUGUGCUAUGGUUGUACCGGACUUUGAGCUGAUUGCUGAAAUCAUGUUGGUGGCUGAAGGUUUCUUGGAUGCCAGACUGCUAGCCAGAAAGUUCUUGACACUGUACAGCUUGUGUAGGGAGCUGUUGUCUAAACAGGACCAUUAUGAUUGGGGUCUACGUGCUAUCAAAUCAGUGUUGGUGGUGGCUGGUUCCCUGAAAAGAAAUGAUCCAGACAGGCCUGAAGACCAGGUACUUAUGAGAGCAUUGAGAGACUUCAAUCUUCCCAAGAUCGUUACUGAUGACGUACCAAUUAUUAUGGGUCUCAUUGGUGAUUUGUUCCCGGCUCUAGAUGUACCAAGAAAGCGUGACAUGGACUUUGAGAAGCUGAUCAGACAGGCAACACUUGAUCAGAAACUCCAGCCAGAGGAUAACUUUAUUCUUAAGGUAGUACAACUACAAGAGUUGUUUGAAGUACGUCACUCAGUAUUCUUGCUCGGUAGUGCUGGAGCAGGCAAGAGUAAGGUAUGGAAUACUUUAAUCCGCACCUACAAGAACCAGGGACGCAAACCCCAGGCCAUUGAUCUUGACCCCAAAGCUGUCACAAACAAUGAACUGUUUGGAAUCAUCAACCCAGCAACUCGUGAAUGGAAAGAUGGAUUGUUUUCUGUGAUCAUGAGAGAUUUGGCCAAUCUGACAACUGACGGCCCCAAGUGGAUUGUCCUUGAUGGUGACAUAGAUCCUAUGUGGAUUGAAUCUCUUAACACUGUCAUGGAUGACAACAAGGUCCUUACAUUGGCUAGUAAUGAGAGAAUUCCACUGACACCUUCAAUGAGACUGUUGUUUGAGAUCAGUCACUUGAGAACUGCUACCCCAGCUACCGUAUCCAGGGCUGGUAUUCUCUUUAUCAACACUACAGAUCUUGGCUGGAACCCAUUUGUACAGAGUUGGAUAGACACACGUGAAGUACAGUCUGAGAGAGCUAACUUGCUGAUCUUGUUUGAGAAAUACGUACCAGUCUUACUGGACACCAUGAAACAUCGAUUUAAGAAAAUCACCCCAAUUGUCGAGAUCAGUCACGUUCAGAUGUUGUGUCAUCUUCUCGAGUGUCUUCUGGUACCAGAAAACACGCCGCCAGAUUGUCCAAAAGAAUUAUACGAGCUCUACUUUGUGUUUGCAUCUGUCUGGGCUUUUGGUGGCUGCACAUUCCAAGAUCAGCUGAUUGACUACAGAGUAGAAUUCACAAAAUGGUGGAUAACUGAGUUCAAGACAAUUAAGUUCCCUGCUCAAGGUACAGUGUUUGAUUACUACAUUGACAAUGAAACACACAAGUUUGAGCCAUGGACAAAGAUGGUGUCUAAGUUUGAGCUGGACCCAGAUCUUCCUCUCCAAGCAGCAUUGGUACACACCUCUGAGACAACAAGAGUUAAAUGGUUCUUGGACAUGCUGAUUGAAAAACGACGCCCAGUGAUGUUGGUAGGCAACGCAGGAACAGGUAAAACUGUACUUAUGAAUGACAAACUGCGUUCACUUGGUGAAGACUACAUGGUUGCAAAUGUACCAUUCAAUUUCUACACAACAUCACACAUGUUGCAAAGUAUUCUUGAGAAACCGCUAGAAAAGAAAGCUGGACGUAAUUUCGGUCCACCUGGUACACGUCGUCUUAUCUACUUUGUUGAUGAUUUGAACAUGCCAGAAGUUGACAAAUACUUCACAGUGCAACCCCACACCAUGAUGAGACAGCAUGUUGACCACUCCCAUUGGUAUGACCGCGCCAAGCUUACCCUGAAGGAAAUUCAUAACACUCAGUAUGUUGCUUGUAUGAACCCAACAGCUGGUAGUUUCACCAUUGACUCUCGUCUUCAGAGACAUUUCUGUGUGUUCUCCGUGAACUUCCCGAAUCAGGAGGCCUUGCAGACUAUCUAUACUAGCAUCUUAUCACAGCAUCUUGCCAUCAACAGCUUCUCUGGAAAUGUACAGAAAUACGCUACAACAUUGAUCAAUGGUGCUUUGGCUUUACACAACAAAGUAACAUCCACUUUCCUUCCAACAGCCAUCAAAUUUCACUACGUCUUCAACUUGAGAGAUUUGUCUAACAUAUUCCAGGGCGUUAUGUUUGCCAUGGCCGAAUGUGCAAAGACCCCAGUGGAUCUUGUUCGUUUAUGGAUGCAUGAAGCUGAUCGUGUUUACCGUGACAAGCUUGUUGAUGUUCCUGAUAUGGAAACCUUCGAUAAGCUGAGACAAGAUAUUGUCAAGAAAUCGUUUGAGGACAUUGAUGAAGCUGUAUUGUACAAACAACCAGUGAUAUUCUGCCACUUUGCUAGUGGUAUUGGAGAUCCCAAAUAUCUUCCGGUGGAAGGGUGGACGGAGCUGAAUAAGAUUCUUGUAGAAGCUCUGGACAAUUACAAUGAACUGAAUGCUGCAAUGAAUCUUGUGCUCUUUGAAGAUGCCAUGUCACAUAUUUGCAGAAUCAAUCGUAUUCUGGAAUCCCCUCGUGGUAACGCACUGCUUAUUGGAGUCGGUGGCAGUGGUAAACAGAGCUUGUCAAGACUUUCAGCUUUUAUAAGCAGCUUGGAUGUAUACCAAAUAACAUUAAAGAAAGGUUAUGCUGUAGGUGAUUUGAAAGCAGAGCUUGCAACGCUUUACUUGAAAGCAGGUCUGAAGAACAUGGGUAUUGUUUUCCUUAUGACUGACGCUCAAGUGGCAGAUGAGAAAUUCCUGGUGUUGAUCAACGAUUUGUUAGCUUCCGGUGAAAUUCCUGACCUCUUUGCAGAUGAUGAAUAUGAAAAUAUUAUUAAUGGUGUACGAAAUGAGGUGAAAGGAAUGGGGCUUGAGGACAGUCGAGAAAAUUGCUGGUCCUUUUUCAUAGACAAAGUCCGUAGGACUCUAAAGGUUGUCCUUUGUUUCUCACCUGUGGGUGCAACAUUGCGUGUGCGUAGCCGUAAAUUCCCAGCCUUGACAAACUGUACUAGUAUUGACUGGUUCCAUGAAUGGCCCGAGGAGGCGUUGAUGUCUGUCUCUGAACGCUUUUUGUCUGAAGGAACUGAAUUAACUCCUGAGUUAUGUGGUUCUAUUUCACAAUUCAUGGCAUAUGUGCACAAAUCUGUCAAUGAGAAGAGUCACCAGUACUUCACUAAUGAAAGACGUUACAACUACACCACACCUAAAAGUUUCCUGGAACAAAUUGCAUUGUACCAGAAUCUGCUAAGCAAAAAGAAUACAGAGUUACAGGCAAAGAUUAUCCGUCUUGAGAAUGGUCUAGAAAAAUUGAAGAGCACUGCACAACAGGUAGAUGAUUUGAAAGCCAAGCUUGCCUCCCAAGAGGUUGAACUUGCCCAAAAGAACGAAGAUGCCAACAAACUUAUUACAGUAGUCGGUGCAGAAACUGAAAAAGUAUCAAAAGAGAAAGCUAUUGCUGAUGAAGAAGAGAAGAAGGUGUCAAAGAUAAAUGAAGAAGUAUCUAAAAAGGCAAAAGAUUGUAGUGAUGACUUGGCUAAAGCAGAACCUGCUCUGCUUGCUGCUAAAGAAGCUCUGAACACAUUGAACAAGAAUAACUUGACAGAAUUGAAGUCUUUCGGUUCCCCACCACCAGCUGUAAUAAACGUAGCAGCAGCUGUCAUGUGUCUGUUGGCUCCUGGAGGUAAAAUUCCCAAGGACAAGAGCUGGAAAGCUGCCAAGAGCUCCAUUAUGUCAAAGAUUGAUGUUUUCUUGGAUAAUUUGAUAAACUAUGAUAAAGACAACAUUCAUGAGAACUGUCAGAAAGCUGUUCAACCAUACUUGAACGAUCCUGAAUUUGACCCUGAAUUCAUUCGUGCAAAAUCGUUAGCUGCUUCCGGUCUAUGCUCAUGGGUUAUUAACAUUAUGAUGUAUUACACCGUAUUCUGUGAAGUUGAGCCCAAGAGAAUUGCUCUUAAUCAGGCCAACGCCGAAUUGUCAGCUGCCAGAGACAAAUUGCGAGUCAUUACAAACAAGAUUCAACAGCUUGAAUCAGAUUUAGCAACAUUGACAGCUGAAUUUGAGAAAGCUACAAAUGAGAAGCUACGUUGUCAACAAGAAGCUGAGACAACUGCAAAGACAAUUGAAUUGGCUAACCGUCUUGUAGGAGGAUUGGCUUCAGAAAAUGUCAGAUGGGCGGAGUCUGUGAAGAACUUUAAAGAACAAGAUAAAACUCUUCCUGGAGAUGUCUUAAUGAUUACAGCAUUUGUGUCAUAUGUAGGGUGUUUCACUAAACAGUACAGAACGGAUCUUCAAGAAGACUGUUGGAUACCGUUCCUGAAGACUCUGAAAAAUCCCAUUCCUGUCUCAGAAGGCCUUGACCCUCUUUCCUUGCUUACAGACGAUGCACAGAUUGCUUCUUGGAACAACGAAGGUUUGCCAAGCGAUAGAAUGUCAACAGAAAAUGCCACUAUCCUAACAAACUGUGAAAGAUGGCCUUUGAUGAUUGAUCCUCAGCUGCAAGGAUCCAAAUGGAUUAAGACACGCUAUGGUGAGGACUUGAAAUUAAUUCAGCUUGGUCAGAAAGGAUAUCUUGAUGCUAUUGAACGGGCUGUUUCCAAUGGUGAUGUAGUCUUGAUAGAAAAUAUGGGUGAAUCAAUUGACCCUGUAUUAGAUGCUCUUGUUGGAAGAAACACAAUCAAAAAGGGACGAGCUAUCAAGAUGGGAGAUAAAGAGGUAGAAUACCACCCUGAUUUUCGUCUUAUUCUUCACACUAAAUUGGCUAACCCACAUUACAAGCCUGAGAUGCAAGCACAGACAACUCUUAUCAAUUUUACAGUUACAAGAGACGGUCUUGAAGACCAGCUAUUGGCUGCUGUUGUCAGCAAGGAAAGACCUGAUCUUGAAAAGUUGAAAUCAGAUCUGACACAACAACAGAAUCAGUUCACCAUUACCUUGAAGGAACUUGAAGAUAACUUGCUUGCACGUCUAUCAGCUGCUGAGGGUAAUUUCCUUGGAGACUAUGCCCUAGUAGAAAACCUUGAAACCACAAAGAGAACAGCUGCUGAAAUUGAAGUUAAGGCUGAAGAGGCAAAGAAAACUGAAGUUGAAAUCAACACAGCCCGUGAACAUUAUAGACCAGCUGCAGCUCGUGCAUCUCUUCUAUAUUUCAUCUUAAACGAUUUGAACAAGAUCAAUCCUAUGUACCAGUUCUCUCUUAAAGCAUUCAGUGUUGUAUUUGAGAAAGCUAUUGACAGAGCUGAACCAGCUGAAGAAGUUAAAUUUCGUGUUGUCAAUCUCAUUGACUGCAUCACAUUUUCUGUGUACACAUACACAGCAAGAGGUCUGUUUGAGAAAGACAAACUUAUCUUUACAACUCAGAUGUGCUUCCAAAUUCUUCUGUUGGCUAAAGACCUCAAUCCUGUUGAGUUAGAUUUUCUUCUUCGUUUCCCAGCUACACCGAAUUUAACAACACCUGUAGAUUUCCUCAGUAAUUUUGGUUGGGGAGGAAUCAAAGCGCUUUCUAACAUGGAUGAUUUCAGGAAUCUUGAUCGUGACAUUGAAGGUUCAGCCAAACGAUGGAAGAAGUUUGUUGAGAGUGAAUGUCCGGAGAAAGAAAAGUUCCCUCAGGAAUGGAAAAACAAAACUUCCCUUCAGAAACUAUGCAUGAUGCGUGCGCUACGCCCUGACAGAAUGACGUAUGCACUACGAUUAUUUAUUGAAGAAAAGAUGGGCACAAAAUAUAUUGAAGGUCGUGCUGUUGAAUUUGCUAAAUCUUAUGAAGAGUCUGGUAUUGCAACUCCCAUCUUCUUUAUUCUCUCCCCUGGUGUAGAUCCAUUAAAGGAUGUAGAGAAGCUUGGACAAAAACUUGGAUUCACAAUGGACAACGGAAAUUUCCACAAUGUAUCACUUGGUCAAGGUCAGGAAAUUGUUGCUGAACAAAAGAUGGAACUCGGCUCCAAAGAAGGACAUUGGGUUGUCUUGCAGAAUGUCCAUCUUGUGGCAAAAUGGUUAUCUAAACUAGAGAAGAAAGUUGAAGAAUACUCAACUGGCAGUCAUGAAGCAUACAGAUUAUACAUCAGUGCUGAGCCAUCCCCCACUGCAGAUUCGCAUAUUAUCCCACAAGGAGUUCUUCAAGCAUCCAUUAAGAUAACCAACGAGCCCCCGUCUGGAAUGAUGGCCAAUUUACACAAAGCACUCGAUAAUUUCACACAGGAAACACUGGAGAUGUGUGCAAGAGAGACAGAGUUUAAGGCUAUCUUAUUUUCACUCUGUUACUUCCAUGCCGUUGUUUGUGAAAGAAGGAAGUUUGGUGCCCAGGGUUGGAACAGAGUGUACCCAUUCAACACAGGAGAUCUGACUAUCUCUGUCAAUGUACUCUACAACUAUUUGGAGGCUAAUCCAAAGGUACCUUGGGAAGAUUUGCGUUACCUGUUUGGAGAGAUUAUGUACGGUGGUCAUAUUACUGAUGACUGGGACAGAAAUCUCUGCCGAACCUAUCUUCAAGUAUACAUGCACCCAGACAUGUUAGAGGGUGAGCUGUAUCUAGCGCCUGGUUUCCCAAUUCCACCAAACACGGACUACAAAGGUUAUCACACUUUUAUAGACGAGUGCUUGCCACCGGAGACACCAUACUUAUAUGGUCUGCAUCCAAAUGCUGAAAUUGAGUUCUUGACCAACACUUCAGAGAACUUGUUCCGUAUUGUCUUUGAAAUGCAGCCUCGUGAUUCAGGUGCCGGCGCUGCUGGUGGGGUCAGUCGAGAAGAAAAGAUCAAGACAAUAUUAGAUGAAAUUGUUGAGAAACUCCCGGAAGAGUUCAACAUGUUUGAGAUCAUGGGUAAAGUUCCACCAGAGGAAAGGACACCGUACGUUGUGGUAGCCUUCCAAGAAUGUGAAAGAAUGAAUGGAUUGACAUCUGAGAUAAGAAGAUCUCUAAAGGAACUUGAUCUUGGUCUUAAGGGUGAGUUGACUAUCACAGCUGAUAUGGAAGAUCUUGGAAAUGCUCUUUUCUUGGAUAACGUACCAGCAUCAUGGUCAAAGAAAGCAUACCCGUCAUUGUACAACCUUGGACCUUGGUAUCCGGAUCUGUUACAGCGUAUCAAAGAAUUGGAAACGUGGACCUCCGACUUCCAACUUCCGGCCGCUGUCUGGCUCGGUGGAUUCUUUAAUCCUCAGUCCUUCCUUACAGCUAUUAUGCAGCAGAUGGCCAGAAAGAAUGAAUGGCCACUGGAUCGUAUGUGUCUACAGUGUGACGUCACAAAGAAGUCGCGUGAAGACAUGGCGGGACCUCCACGUGAAGGCGCUUACGUACAUGGUUUAUUUAUGGAAGGCGCACGAUGGGACAUGCAGACAGGUAUGAUUAAUGAGGCUCGACUGAAGGAACUUGCCCCUGCCAUGCCUGUAAUAUUCCUGAAGGCUAUUCCAGUAGACAGGCAGGAUACUAGGAAUAUUUACGAGUGUCCAGUAUACAAGACAAAGACCAGAGGUCCAACAUUUGUCUGGACUUUCAACCUGAAGACAAAGGAGAAACCAAGUAAAUGGAUUCUGGGAGGUGUUGCUCUCCUUCUUCAAGUCUAAGACAUUUUAUUGAUACGAUACAAUACUAGAGACAUUUAAUAUAUAUGAUACAAUACUAGUUAAACAUAUACAUUUAAUUAUUUUAACAGUGUUUACUUUAUUAUUGCAAAGAACAAUGAUUUCAAAAUUGAAAAAUGAUUAUGUGUUGGGACAUAUUUAGAAGAAAAUAGAUCUGUGUUUAGACUUUUUUUCAGAGAUGGACACAUAAUGAAAAAUAAACGUUUUGUUUUGUUGUGAUGUCGUGCUUUUCCAUACAUUUGUGCUUAACUAUUAAGAUUUGCAUAUUUUAAGCAAAAGGUUAUAAUUCAUUACUUUGUGAUUUAAGUAACCAUGUCUUAAUAAAACGAAAUUGUUUUUAAAAUUUUAUUAUAGGAUUUAUUGACUAUUUUUUCAUAUUAUUGAAUUAUUUUAUAUUAAAUAUACGAUUUAAUUAUACAUUAACUUAUACAUAUUUUAAUAUUAACAUAGGGUUUAAAAUGUCUUAUUUAAUUAAUUGUAUACCAGCAUGAAUAUGUGAUAUUUUAAUUUUAAGAUUUUUUAUGAAGUUUUGCUUUUUUUUGAAGUGUGAAUAAAACUAAUGAUGAAUAU